AUGAAGGAGGUUCUUGUCCACUUUGCCCCUGCGCUACUCCACAGUUCCACGGGUGAUGUCGGGGCGGAGGGCCGAGCUGAAGCGGUUGGCGAUGAGGAAGCGUUGCCGUGGGUUGCAACUGGGGAGGCGUCCGAGUUGACCCGAGCGGGUGGUGGACAAGAUGGACACGAAUUCAAGCCGGAACGGCGACGGUGCCGGGAACGCAGGUAA